AUGGAAAUACUGAUGAAUGAAGUUCGAGGACAACAGAGAUCGAAGAGGCACAGGAGGAGAGCCUGGGCUAGAGUCUCGCCGUUUGUUUCCGUUGUCAAUGCGCCGCGUCCCGUUUCUAUCCCCGUACUCCAUCGUGAAAAGGUGAAUCGCGCGGAAUUUUCAAAAGUGUUCAAUUCUUUGAUCCGUUGUCGGGGGAAGCCGGUCCAUCGGGUGGAUAGAGUGUGCGCGUCGCUCCUUUGGAUAGAUUUACAAGAGGAGAUCCUGCCGAGGAGGCCCAGCAACGAAACCAUUCUGGAUACCAAGCUAUUCAUACGGUGCCACAGCCUCGCUGCUGGUUGCAGUUCCGACGAAACAGCGAAGUUCCGUCCGUGGUUGCCCCCGACUCCGGAGUUGCCCCCGACUCCGGAGUAUUCUGACUACCAGCAGGCAUCGCAGUUCAGCAACGGUGAUUUCCAGUCUUACGGGCCUCCGUGUAAAAAAAUCGCACGCCAACAAUCAUCCAACCGCGACGGUAACGUUCAGGGUUGUCAAAAUUCGUGGUGCUGGACAGUUCGCCCGACGUGGCAGUUGUUCGGUAACGCCGCGACCGAUGCGAGGGAAUACAGCUUUCCAAAUUCAUCCGGCUGCCACAAUCUUCCAUCGUCACCAGAAUCUCUCACAGACACCCCGCCGAAACCCGUUGCAACGUCGUCGUUGACGAUCGCGCGGACAGACAACGCGCGGAGGACCCAGGUAGCCAGCUACGCGCGCCCGAAGGAGCGCAGGAAUUUCAUCUCCGAGCUGUUCGCAACUCGAUUCACAACGUCGCCCACGUCGACGAAUACGCGUAGCAUCGCCGCUACCAGCGCGGCGUCGGGCACCGCUAACGUGUACAACGGGCAGCUGCCGUCUCUAAGCUUCGGGAACAAGACGGAGUUUCACGGCGUGCGCCCCCAGGAAGAGCGACAGCAGUCGUGUGGCGGAUCGUCCUCGUUGUCCCGAUUCAAUCCGUCCGCGGCGUACAACCCCACGUCGAACGCCACGCUGAAGAUCCUGCCGAGCGUCAGCAGCGGCGACAACGCCUGCGUGGAUAGGAACAGUUUCCUGAAGGAUUAUUCCCUGAGGACGGUACCAGCGGCGCGGGAGGAACAACAUAAGUUGCAGCCCGUGGUACCAAGUUACAGGCUCAACAACGCGGGUAUAUUGGAGGAGACGGGCCCGGUGCUGAAGGAACAGCCCGUGAUAGACACGAACGUGGCUGGCACCAUCGCUACUCGCAAUAAUCGUAGCAAUUUCAAGCAGCAAUCCUUCUGCGGCGGAAGAAGCACCGGCGACGUAUUGCUG